CACAUCCACUAAAAGUUUCAAGGCGGUAGCAUAAAGGUUUAAACGACUUAAAAAUUUCACAUUUGUGUAGAAAAUUGAAAGGUAUAUUAAUGGCGUCUUCACUAUCGAGAAAGCUCUUACGGACGUUGUUGACAAACCCUAGCUCCAUAAAAGCUUCGCAGCUGUCUUUUUGCCCAAAAAUCUCUUCUUCAGCUGCAGACAAUUCCUCCUCUCCGGAUGAGUUGGGGCCCACUUCGGACUCCGAAUCAGAAUCAGCAUCACCAUCACCUUCAGCUUCCAAUUCGAAUCAGGAACGCAAAAUUAUUGCACGUCCCCUCGAGAAUGGCUUGGACGCUGGUAUUUACAAGGCAAUCCUGGUUGGGCAAGUUGGCCAGACACCAAUACAAAAGAGGUUGAGGAGUGGGAGGACAGUGACUCUGCUAUCCCUUGGAACAGGUGGAAUUCGGAACAACAGGAGGCCAUUUGAUAAUGAAGAGCCAAGAGAAUAUGCCAAUAGGUGUGCAGUUCAGUGGCACAGGGUCUCAGUCUAUCCAGAUAGGUUAGGGGAAAUGGCCGUGAAGAGUAUUGUUCCCGGUUCAAUCUUGUAUGUGGAGGGUAACCUUGAAACCAAAAUCUUCACUGAUCCUAUCACUGGUCUCGUACGGCGCGUACGAGAGAUUGCUGUACGAAAAAAUGGCCGUCUUGUUUUCAUUGGGAAAGGCACUGAAGCCCAUCAGCAAUCACAAGCAAAAAUCAAAGGGGUUGGUUAUUACUAAGAGCAGGCGGGCUUGGAAUGACACCAACUGAAUCUCUUUAUGUAUAAGUAUUGUUCUCGAGUUGUCUUUAUCAUUUUCCUCAUAUUAAUACUAGGAGUGGUCAACUUUCAACCAGUCAUCUGAUGCCACUAUAUAAAUUGGAUCAGCAAUCUAAUAGUUAUGAAGCUGUGUUAUGAUAAUUUGUUGCCUGUCCUUCUGGCUAAGUUAUUCACAUAAGCAUUGAACUGUUA